CGUGGACUGAACUGCAGAGCUGAGACUAAACAUCCUGAUAAAAACUCAUAUGAAGAUGGAGUCAAAACCUUCAGUCAAUCAGACAGCUCCUCAGGUCUCAAACAGGAGCUUACGUGGAGCUGUUGUCUUUCUGGGGUUCUUCUGUGGUUUCCUGUUGGUUGGACUCAUCGGCCUUGGGGUCUACAAUAUCGUCUCCAUACACACCUCAGCUGCAAAACGGUCCUCUAUCAAAGUCCAUCUCCAGACCAGAACUGACCAAAUAUCCAACCUGACCGCAGACCGAGACCAACUCAACACCAGAAUCAUCGACGUGAUGGAGGAGGUGGAGAGGCUGAAGAGUGAGACGAAGAAAGUAUGUCCGUCCACGUGGGAGCUGCUCAGCGGCAGAUGUUACUUCUUUUCGACCCAGCGUAAAUCAUGGACAGACAGCAGAUCCGACUGCAGAAGCCAAGGAGGAGAUCUGGUCAUCAUAAACAACAUAGAAGAACAGAGAAUAAUGUGGACACCCACCCACAUUGAGUACUGGAUCGGCCUGAGUGACUCUGAACAGGAGGGAGUUUGGAAAUGGGUGGAUGGAUCUGCACUCACUCUGAGGCUCUGGUAUCCAAAUCAGCCUAACGACUAUAACGGGGGACAGGACUGUGGAAUCAGCAACUAUGACAACUGGAAUGAUCUCAGCUGUAACGAGGAAAGGCAUUAUGUCUGUGAAAAGCCACUGAUUCUAUACGAGCAGUUUUAAACUGAUGACUUUCCAACUGCUCUGAGGUCAGUGGUUCUCAACCCCAAUGAAACUGUAACAAUGGUUCAACUUUUAUUGGAAGAAACAUCACUACUGUAACCAUGCUUUUUACUUUUCUUUGAAUUAUCUGCUGUACAAAUUAAAAACAACUUACAUUUUUGCUUCAGCAAUACAAAAUAAACUUAUCAAAUAUAAUAAACUACUUUUGCACUGUAAAGGCUCUACAUUCUGUAAAAAAGGUGGUGGGAAAAAGUUUUUGUUCACCCCGUGCAUUUGUGAUAUACUGCAUUAAAAUCACUGUUAAGUCGUUGAACACAU